UUGCAGAACCAAAAAACGCUUAGUGAAGGCCAAUCGUCACUGGUUCACAACCAAACUGCAAUAUUUGAAAAACUGAAUGAGAUGGAGUCGAAAAUUGUCGAAAAGGCUGAGGUUUUGGCGCAAAAUAAGUCAAUCAGAGAAUGCAAAGUUCUCUUAAAACGAGUUGAGCAGUCAGUGUGCCGCAUAACCGGCGAAAUGACUGAUAAAGAGCUGGACGACGUCGCUAGCACUUUUCCGAUGCAGUCGCAAGCAACAGUUGCGGAAGUGGAAGAUAGACUGCAAAGCCAAAACUAUGCCCAAGCAAUGACUACAUUCCUCCACAAACUUAAAGGCGCCAGUGAUAAUGUGGCUGACGUAAUACCUAAGGUUUUCUCAGAUGAGCUCAUGGAAGGUUAUAAUUGGGAUGGCAGAUGGAGCAAGAAAUCCCUAUGCAAGUUGGCGCUGGUUGAUACCAUUUUAAGAAAUGUGUUUCAACAACAAGGAUGUAGGAGUUUUGAGCAAAAUAUAAAGCGGUCAAUACUGCUCAGCCAUCACAGGUUAAAGCAGCGUAGUUAUUUAAAAAAAAGGAAACAAUAAUUACAUUUAAAAACUAAACAAAUUAAAACCA